AUGAGAGAUCCAUGCUUCUCCAAUCCCUGUCAAGGAAAUGCCACUUGUGUGAACACCCCUGGAGGAAGGAGCUUUCUCUGCAAAUGUCCUCCUGGUUUUAGUGGGACAACCUGUGAAACCGCUACUGUUUUCUGUGGCACAAACACCUGCCAACACGGAGGUAUUUGCCAUCAGGGCCCUGUUCAUGCUGUCUGCAUCUGCCCUGAUGGAUAUACUGGAAGGUUCUGUGAAAAGGAUCUCGAUGAGUGUGCUUCGAGCCCUUGCCACAAUGGGGCCAUGUGCCAGGAUGGAAUCAAUGGCUAUUCCUGCUUCUGUGUCCCAGGAUAUCAAGGCAGGCACUGUGACCUGGAAGUGGAUGAGUGUGUCUCAGAUCCCUGUAAGAAUGAAGCUACAUGCCUCAAUGAGAUAGGAAGAUACACUUGUAUUUGUCCCCGCGAUUAUUCUGGUGUGAACUGUGAAAUGGAAGUUGAUGAAUGUGGGUCCCAGCCCUGCCAAAAUGGUGCAACUUGUCGGGAUGCUCUGGGGGCUUAUUUCUGUGACUGUCUCCCUGGAUUCGUAGGUGAUCACUGUGAACUCAACAGUGAUGAAUGCGCCAGCCAGCCGUGCCUCCAUGGAGGGUUGUGUGUAGAUCAGCACAGCAGCUACAGCUGUAACUGCACGGGUAGUGGAUUCACAGGGACACAUUGUGAGACCUUGAUGCCUCUAUGUUGGUCAAAACCCUGUCAUAAUAACGCUACAUGUGAGGACAGUGCUGACAAUUACACUUGUCACUGCUGGCCUGGAUACACCGGUGCCCAAUGUGAGAUCCACAUCAACAAAUGCGACAUGAACCCCUGCCAGUCUGGUGGGACAUGUGUAGAGCUGUCCCCAGAAAAACAAUAUGGACACCUUGCUCAACUGCCUUCUUCAUUCAGCCACCCUGAAGCCUCAGGUUAUGUUUGUAUCUGUCCGCCUGGACUCACAGGAAUCCACUGUGAAGAAGACAUUGAUGAAUGCUCUCCAAACCCUUGCCAAAAUGGUGGUACUUGUGAGAACUUGCCUGGUCGUUAUACUUGCCAUUGCCCAUUUGAUAACCACUCGGGAACGUUUUAUGGAGGAAGGAACUGUUCUGAUAUUCUCCUGGGCUGUACCCAUCACCAAUGUCUGAAUAAUGGAAUAUGCAUCCCUCACUUCCAAAAUGGCCAGCAUGGAUUCGGCUGCCUAUGUCCCUCCGGCUAUACUGGGUCAUUGUGUGAACUUGUCACCACACUUUCUUUUGAGGGCAAUGGCUUCCUGUGGAUCACAAGUGGCCCAGUUACAGGCAAGGGCUUAGUUUGUAACAUAGCCCUCGGGUUCCAGACUGUUCAGCCAAUGGCCCUUCUACUUUUCCGCGGCAACAGGGACAUGUUUAUAAUGCUGGAGUUGCUAAGUGGCUACAUUCACUUAUCAAUCCAAGUCAAUCAUCAGUCAAAGGUGCUCCUCUACAUUUCCCACAACACCAGCGAUGGGGAAUGGCAUUCGGUGGAGGUGAUGUUUGCAGAGGCUGUGACCCUAACUUUACUUGACAACUCUUGUAAGGAGAAAUGCAUCACGAAAGCUCCUUCUCCAUUUGAAAGUGAUCAAUCAAUAUGUGCUUUUCAAAACUCCUUUUUGGGUGGUUUGCCGGGAGGAAUGACCAGCAACGGCAUUGCUCUGCUUAAUGUCUAUAAUAUACCAUCCACACCUUCAUUUGUAGGCUGUCUCCGAGACGUUAAAAUUGAUUCGAAUCACAUUACUCUGGAGGAUAUUUCAUCUGGCUCCUCUUUAAAUGUCAAGGCAGGCUGUGUGAGAAAGGAUUGGUGUGAAAGACAACCUUGUCAAAACAGAGGACGCUGCAGCAACUUGUGGCUUAAUUACCAAUGUGAUUGCUACAGGCCCUACAAAGGCCCCAACUGCCUGAGAGAGUAUGUGGCAGGCAGAUUUGGCCAGGAUGACUCCACUGGAUAUGCUGCUUUUAAUCUUGACAAGAGUUAUGGAGAGAACUUUACCAUCUCUAUGUUUGUUCGAACACAUCGACCAUCAGGCUUACUCCUAGCUUUGGAAAACAGCACUUAUCAAUACAUCCGUGUUUGGCUAGAGUAUGGCAGACUAGCAAUGCUGCAUCCAGGUUCUUCCAAGUUAGUAGUACAGUUCAUUCUUAGUGAUGGAAAUGUCCACUUGAUAUCUUUGAAAAUCAAGCCAAAUAAAAUUGAACUAUAUCAGUCUUCACAAAACCUAGGAUUUAUUUCUGUCCCUACAUGGAAAAUCCAAAAAGGAGAUGUCAUCUACAUCGGUGGCCUGCCUGACAGACCAGAGACGGAAGCUAAUGGUGGCUUCUUUAAAGGCUGUAUCCAAGAUAUAAGAUUAAACAACCAAAAUCUGGAAUUCUUCCCAAAUUCAACAAACAAUGCAUCCCACAAUCCAAUUCUUGUCAAUGUGACCCACGGCUGUCCUGGAGACAACAUGUGCAAGGUAGGAUUAUUCACACAAACUACGGCAACUGAAGAGGUCACUGUAUCUGGACCCAGAGGAUCUAGGUACCAAGCUUCAAUGUUUGUUUUUUUAUUAGGAUCUUGGGUAACAGGAGGGUCCUCUGCUUCCUCAUUAGUGCAAACAGGAUGCAACCCCUGUCACAACGGAGGUGUGUGUUAUUCCCUGUGGGAUGACUUCUCAUGUUCCUGCCCUGCGAACACAGCUGGGAAAGCAUGCGAGCAAGUCCGGUGGUGUGAGCUCAGCCCGUGUCCUCCCAGAGCCCAGUGCCGGGAGGUGCCCCGAGGAUUUGAAUGUAUUGCAAAUGCUGUUUUUAAUGCACAAAGCAGUGAAAUAUUAUUCAGGAGCAACGGGAAUAUUACCAGAGAACUCACCAAUAUCACAUUUGGUUUCAGAACAAGGAAUGCAAAUGUGAUCAUACUGCAUGCAGAGAAGGAGCCUGAAUUUCUUAAUAUUAGCAUUCAAGAUUCCAGAUUAUUAUUUCAAUUGCAAAGUGGCAACAAUUUUUAUAUGCUGAGUCUGACAAGUUUGCAGUCUGUGAAUGAUGGCAUAUGGCACCAAGUGACUCUUUCCAUGACGGACCCACUGGCCCAGGCCUCCAGGUGGCAAAUGGAAGUGGACAACCAAGCACCUUUUGUGACCAGUGCAGUUGCCACUGGGAGCCUCAACUUUCUGAAGGAUAAUACAGACAUUUAUGUGGGUGACCGAGCUGUUGACAAUACGCAGGGCCUGAAAGGAUGUCUAAGUACAAUAGAAAUCAGUGGCAUUUAUCUCUCUUACUUUGAAAAUGUUCCUGGUGUCACUAAUAAACCACAGGAAGAGCAGUUUCUCAAAAUCUCUAUAAAUUCAGUGGCUACUGGCUGUUUGCAGUUGAAUGCCUGCAACUCCAAUCCCUGUUUGCAUGGAGGAAAUUGUGAAGACAUCUAUAGCUCUUAUCACUGCUCAUGUCCCUUGGGAUGGUCAGGGACACGCUGUGAACUCAACAUUGAUGAAUGCUUUUCAAACCCCUGUAUCCAUGGCAACUGCUCUGACAGAGUUGCAGCCUAUCACUGCAGGUGUGAGGCUGGAUACACCGGUGUGAACUGUGAAAUGGAUAUAGACAAUUGCCAGAGUCACCAGUGUGCAAACGGGGCCACCUGCAUCAGCAACCCCAAUGGCUAUUCUUGCCGCUGUUUUGGAAAUUUCACAGGAAAAUUUUGCAGACACACCAGAUUACCCUCAACAGUCUGUGGGAAUGAGAAGACAAAUCUCACUUGCUACAACGGAGGCAACUGCUCGGAGUUCCAGGGUGAAUUAAAAUGUCUGUGCUGGCCAGGUUAUACUGGGGAAUGGUGUGAAAGGGACGUUGACGAGUGUGCCUCAGAUCCCUGCUUCAAUGGCGGUCUGUGCCAGGACCUGGUCAACAAGUUCCAGUGUGUCUGUGAUGUGGCCUUCGGGGGUGAACGCUGCGAGGUGGAUUUGGCAGAUGACUUGAUCUCGGACAUUUUCACCGCCAUUGGCUCAGUGACGUCCGCCUUGCUGUUGAUCCUCUUUCUGGUGGUGGUUGCUUCUGUGGUUGCCACCCACAAAAGGGCAACUCAGGGAACCUACAGCCCCAGCCGUCAGGAAAAGGAAGGCUCUCGAGUGGAAAUGUGGAGCAUGAUGUCACCCCCUGCUGUGGAGAGGCUGAUUUAG